AUGUUGCCGAAGAAAGAGGAAAAAGAUGUGGGAAAAGAUUCAGAGCAUUCACUGUCAUCCUCUAUCUCAAACCAAGAAAAGAGCACAGUGCCAGGAACGGGAACAGAAACAAAAGCAGCUAAUUAUGAAACCACUACCAUGCAUAAUUCAACUGCAGCACCUGCUUCAUCUGGAACUGAGUCAAAAAUGAAUUAUCAUUCAAGUAUGGAAACCAAACAUGAAAAGAAGAGUACAUUGCCCAGCGCUCCGCCGGUGGCGGCGGCUUCCAAAAGCGGCUCCCCGGCCAGCGCUCCGCCGGUGGCGGCGGCUUCCAAAAGUGGCUCCCCGGCCAGCGCGGCGGCGGCUACUAAAAGCAGCUCCCAGGCCAGCGCAGUGGCAGUUACCAAAAGCGGCUCCCAGGCCAGCGUGGCUACCACCAAAGCGGCGGCGGCUACCAAAAGCGGCUCCCUGGCCAGCGCUCCGCCGGCAGCGGCGGUGGCUACCAAAAGCGGCUCCCUGGCCAGCGCUCCGCCGGCAGCGGUGGCGGCUACCAAAAGCGGCUCCCUGGCCAGCGCUCCGCUGUCGGCAACGGCUACCAAAAGCAGCUCCCUGGCCAGCGCUCUACUGGUGGCUUCCAAAAGCAGCUCCCAGGCCGGCGCUCCACCGGUGGCUUCCAAAAGCAGCUCCCAGACUAGUGAAAGUCCCGCUAAAGUGUCAUGGAAGCCAUUAACAAGUGAAGAUGCAAAAGAAAGACAGCCUUUUUUCAAUAGACUGUACAAAUCUGUGGCCUGGAAGUUGGUUGCUGUUGGAGGUUUUAGUCCCAAUGUCAAUCAUGCAGAACUUCUAAACUCAUCCAUUCAAUCUGUGAAAGCCACUUUAGAUGUAACUUUUGUUCCACUGAAGGAACUUGCAGACUUACCUCAAAAUAAAAGCUCUCAUGAAAAUAUAGUUUGUGAACUGAGGUGCAAGUCUGUUUAUUUGGGUACUGGCUGUGGAAAAAGUAAGGAAAAUGCCAAAGCUAUAGCUUCAAGGGAAGCUUUGAAAUUAUUUCUAAAGAAGAAAGUUAUUGUAAAGAUAUGUAAAAGAAAGUACAAAGGACGUGAAAUUGAAGAUUUGGUACUUCUUGAUGAAGAAUCAAAACCCUCAAAUUUACCCCCAGCUUUAAGAAAUCCUCAAGAGAUCCUGUAGGACACAUAAGAACUGAGGGUUACUUUUGUACUCUGAAAAUGUAGGCUUCCAGAUAUUUUGUAUUUCUCAGUUUUGCAGAACAACUACAUUAUUGUUCCUUUCACGCGGUAGCAAUUGUAAAUAACUUCUUAUAGAUCACAAGAAGUGUGCAUUUAAAGGUAUGCCUUAAUAUAGAGCACACUAGCGUGCUGUUUUAUUUGCUAAAUAGUCUACCUAAGUCUUCUAUUUUUAAUUAAAAGAUUAAGGUACAAUUUGAUUAAAGUCUAAUAAUUUUGUAAUUCUUACAAUUUGGUGGUAGUGUGCUCAGUUGUCUACCAUGUCUUUUUAGCUGCAUAGGAAUGUAUAUAGGGACCAUAGUACUUGAAUGGUUGAAAGUUGUUAAAUUUCAAGGAAAAGGUUGUCUGUUUGAAAUUUGUUGCCCAUAAUGUUCACUAUUCUUGUUUAAAAGAGAGAAAAUAGUUGGCUGACUAUUUUUAUGAAAAGUUGUAACAUUUUAAAGUUAAUCCUAAAAUAAUAUGUGAUCCUGUUUAACAUUAUUACAAUAGCAAAUUGUCAGUAAAUAAUAAUCAGGGUGAUUUCAACCACCAAAACUCUUUAAGCAAAUUAAACUUGUGAAAUACCAUUUACACUUCGUUUUUCAGAUAAACAUGGACUUCUAUAUAAGCAUAUUUUAUGACUGCUACUAUUAAAAAUAAUAAACUUCUGGGAUAUC